CCUUAUUGUUCAUGGUAUAUAAGCCAUUUCUCGCUUCUUCUCCUGUCUUGUGCAUAAUCAAAUUGGACGCACAGCUGAUCAUUCUUUUGAUUCGGCCGUUCACCUGGGCAUCUUGUGAUCCAGAAUCCACCAAUAUCAACUAUCUUCUAGCCAUUGCUGGCAGACAGACGACCAUGACCAUCCCUGCCUCCACUGCUUUCAGUGGCAACGAGAAUCUAUCAACAACAGAUUUAACAAGUUUUCCAACAGCAUCCAGCAGUGACUUCAGUUCUGUCACUAACUACGACUACCUUAACUAUGAAGAUUAUACUGGGGACUUUGGCAUAUGUGUGUAUGAGCGCCAGGGGGCCACUUUUCUCCCAGUCCUCUACUCCAUUUUCUUCCUCCUGGGUCUUCUCGGCAACUCUCUGGUCAUCUGGGUCAUCGCCUGUGGGGUGCGACUUCGCAGUAUGACCGACGUGUGCCUUCUAAACUUGGCUAUUUCUGACCUUCUGUUGGUGUGUUCCCUUCCCUUCCUUGCCCAUCAAGCACGGGAUCAGUGGCUUUUCGGAGAUCCUAUGUGUAAGGUGGUCCUUGGCAUUUAUCAUAUCGUUUUUUACUGUGGGAUUUUUUUCAUCAGUCUAAUGAGCGUUGACCGGUAUUUGGCCAUAGUUCAUGCUGUUUAUGCUAUGAGAGCUCGGACACGGUCUUUUGGAGUCAUUGCAGCUGCUAUUACAUGGGCAGCUGGAUUUUUGGCUUCUUUCCCUGAUGUGCUGUUUCUUAAACAGCAAGUAAGUAAUACGACUCAGUUCUGCUUCCCUGUAUUUCCCAAAUCAAAUGAUAGCAACUCCCACUUUUGGAGGGUCUUUAGCCUUUUUAAAAUGAAUGUUUUGGGUCUAUUUGUCCCUUUUGUCAUCAUGGGUUUCUGCUACUCACAGAUUGUCUGGAGGCUGCUGUAUAGCCAGUCAUCAAAGAAACAGGCCAUCCGUUUAGUUUUCAUAGUGGUAGCUGUUUUCUUCUGCUGCUGGGUCCCCUACAAUGUUGCAUUGUUCUUCCAAGCACUGGAGCUACUGAACAUCUACAUGGGAUGCGAAAGCAGCAAAGCAAUCAGAUUGACUUUACAAGUCACUGAGGCCAUUGCCUACUCUCACAGCUGCCUCAACCCUUUCCUGUAUGUGUUUGUUGGGGAGAAGUUCAGGAGGCACCUGCUAAGGCUGAUAAACAGAACUCCCUGCAGGCUGUGUCAGGUGAUCAAGGUUUACAUACCUCAGGACAGAUUAGCUGGGUCAGUCUACUCACAAACCACCAGCAUAGAUGAGAGGGGCACUGCUGUGUAAAGUAGAGAUAUGCAAGGUGUGAUACGUGUUUUCCUGUUAAUUCUACCUUCAUCAUCUCCAUCAUCUCUAUAGACUAUUAUAGGAUGUAAGUUCAGUUUAAGUUACAUCUAACAAUAGGGAAAGGGUUGAUGUUGGAUUUUUUUUUACUAUACAUUUACAUUUUUAUAUAUGUAUAUACUGUAUAACUGUAUAAGACUACAUAAGGAUGUGUAAUGGAAUUGUACUGUAAAUAUGAUUAAGGAUUGAAUUGUGGAAUUGAGAAAGAUUUUAUCUGCACCUGUGUCAAACAUAGUUUUGAAUAUAAUUUAGCUUUCCCUUUUAAUGACAUACUAGUGGCUAAAGAUGAGUGAGAAACUGUGUCACCUACAACAGCUAUCAGCAGCAUCAGCAUUAAGCAACACCAGGUGUCUGUCUGUAAUUUAGUGACAUGCUGAUACUGACUGGCAUUCAACAGAAGGAAACACCAUUCUGAAAAGUGAGACAAAUAUGACCUCUUAUUUGAUAAUAUCAAAUGCAUCCGUUUUUUACAUAUCAAACUGUUGCAGAGCAAAAGGUCCCUGAUGCAUCUGGCAGCGUUAGUACUGAAAGUUUCAUAGCAUCUGUAGCUGCAGGUUUGCACUUUACCCCAAACCUAGAGAAAACCACAACUUUAAAGGGGAAGUAUGAAACCAAGCUGUCACUUUAACAGUUGCAGUCUCUGUGCGUGUCUGAGCAUUUUACUGCAAAAUUUGGAAAAAUAUUUUUUUUUACAAUUUUCAAAGUUUUACUUUACUAUACUUUAUUAUUAAAUAUUAUUAUAUUAAAUUAUGAUGCUGCAUAUUCUGUCAUGCAGACUGACCAACUGUCCCAUCCAAUCAAUUCACAGUUAAAGUUAUUUAUUAGACCCUUUCCUCAUGACUAGCAUUUUUAAUAUCACUCAAAGGAUUAGAAACCAGAUGUACAAGCAAAAACAGGAAGUUCCUCCCCAUUCUUCGGCUAAACUCUGUUCCACCAACUUUUUGUUCCUCAUUGUAUUUUCUGAUUGGUUUUCUAUCAUUACUCUUCUGUUGCUAAUUAUGCUACUUGUUUUUGUUUUUUUCUCUUUUUUUGUUAGUAUUCAACAACAACAACAACAUCUUUCAUGAAUUUUAAAGUGAUUUUAAAGUGAUUUGGUAUUACACCUCCCAAAAGGCUUGAGGAAGACAAAUUGGUCAAAAUCAAAGCAGCAGAGGCUGAGAUAUCCCUUCAACAGUUUUCAUAAUGCAACAAGAUAGGAAAGAAAGUGUAUUUCAUCAGGCUACCCCUGUAUGAUAAAAACCUAUCUCUAAAACUCCAAUCUGAUAUCGCUAUGAUAUCAUCAAGGGUUGUAUUCAACUAAGCUUGUUUAGUAAGGCAUCCGGUAGUCAAAUAGCUAUGAUGUAUUUAAGCCUACCAUGAAACCGCAACAUCCCCCUCUCUAUCCUUGCACUUCCUGUCUGUAGUUGUGCUGUCACCUAUCAGAUAAAGGUAAAACAACUGUUUUCUCACACCAAGGAGCACUAACCUUGACUUGUAAACUGACUUUGACAUAUAAAAACAGUGGAGUAACAGCAUGUGUUCAAAGUGGUCCUUAAAAGAAACUAAAGCAGCCCCUGCUUUCUAGGUUCAGAUAAUGUCAGUAUAAUUAUUCACUAAAUGACAUCAUAUGAAAUUUCCACUAAUGGCAUAAUAAAUUGUAUCAUGGCGUUCAUGAUUUUUUUUUUUUUUUUUUUUGUAUAGUUGUCUUUGUUUAUAUUUUAUUUGAUUUUAUUCAGAACAGAAGCACAUUAUGAGCAAUUUUUGUUAAUGAUUUUGUCAUAGCAAUCAUGUUGAUAUAUGCAGUUGGAAUGUUGAUGUCAUGUUGAAUAUGUUAUGUAUCCUAUUGCCUGUUUCAAUAAAACUAUAAUGAGAAUAAAUAAUUUCUAAAAGUC